AUGCCCUCUGCAAUUGUGACAGGCGCGACCGGUAUUGCGGGAAGCGCCAUCGUAGACCAGUUACUCAAGGAUCCAUCUUACGAACGGAUCUACUCCUUUUCGCGCCGGGAUCCAGGAUAUGAUGAUCCAAAGAUCAAGCAUGUCGCUCUGGAUCUCCAGGGAUCUGUGCAGGAGAUGGUCAAGAGCUUCAAGGGAAUUUCCGCCGAGGUGAAUGAAAAACUCCUAUCCAAUUUCCUCGAAGCUCUUGAAUCCACCGGAGCGGCAAAGAGAAUCAAGCGGUUCAUCUUGACGUGUGGUUUCAAACAGUAUGGUGUGCAUAUCGGACCGGCAGAGCAACGCCUUCUCGAAGGGGACCCGCUAUUGGAACAGAGCCGACGCAAAGUUUCAUGGCCUCCUAUAUUCUAUUACGACCAGCAGCGUAUACUGGCUCACGCUGCCAAGAGAGGGGGCUGGGAGUGGGUUGCGACUCUCCCCGAAAACGUUUUGGGAUAUGCUCCAGGGAAUUUCAUGAAUGAAGCCAUGGCACUCGGGCUCUAUUGUGUGGUGAGCAAGAUCCUCCCGGGGUCCGAGCUACCAUUUCCGGGAAGUAAAGCGAACUACUUCACUUUCAAUUGCUGGACUUCGGCCAAUCUGCAUGCCAAAUUUUGCCUCUGGGCCGCGAAGGCACCUGGCGCGGGGAAUCAGAUAUUCAAUGUCAUGAAUGGCGAUACGGAGUCCUUUCAAAAUUUGUGGCCUCGUCUGGCUUCGCGAUUUGGGUGUCGUAUUCCAGACCCUAUGUUUCCCCACGGCGGUACCCCUGGAACGCAGGGCUUCAAGGCCUAUGAUUCAUCGACGAUCCGGCUGCAAAAUAUUCCUCUCCUCAAAUCGGCGGCGGCGGCGCUAGGUCUUUCAGCUGAUCCCAUCCUUGAGAACCCUCCAACGCUAUUCCUUCAAAUAGACCCGGAAAAAUGGGCAAAGAGAGCGGAUGUGUCGACUGCGUGGGCCAUUUUGCGGAACAAGUAUGGUCUGGAUCAGAGGGCGUGGGAGAAGGCAACAUGGAGUUUCCUGACCACCACCUUGGGGAGAGACUGGAGCUGUGUGGGAAGUAUGAGUAAGGCGAGGAAGUUGGGCUGGACUGGAUAUGCGGAUACCUGGGAGGAGCUGGAGGAAACAUUCCAGGUCCUUGAGCGAGAAGGCGUCUUGCCGCCAGUAGACCAGCUGAAGGCAGACUUCUAA